UUUAAAAUAAACUACCUACCUAUUUCAAUCUGUAAACUAACUAGUAACUAUUUGUAUGUGCAGGUACUUUGCCAAAUAUACCUAAAUGCACCCAACGCUCUGCGCUGAAUUAUUGAUUAUAGUGACUGUAUUCAAUAUGUAUUAGAUACGCUUAUAUUCUGUUAAUAAAUCAAUCAUCAAUCCUCAAGCCAUGACUUCUCAACCCAUUCAAUCACAAAAUAUUGAAAUACAAUCAAAUCUAAAUGCUAUGUGUGACUUUUCAAAGAUUUGUCGUAUUUGCGGCGCUAACAAUCGCCCCCUUUUUCCAUUGUUUGGGCAAGAUGCUCAGCGAAAUCAACUUGUUCAGAAGAUAAAUGAAUAUUUACCCAUAGUGGUGCACCAACAAGACGCUUAUCCUCUUGGAAUAUGCGCUUCAUGUGCUGAUUUAGUGAUGAAGUGGCAUGAACUAGCACAGUGCUGCAUAAAGACUGACAAAGCCCUAACUUUGAAGCUGUAUGCAAGGAGACUAGACAGCAAUAACAUCCAACAAGCAAGUUCUGGGUCAGCCGCUACACGUGGAGAGGUUCAUGGCAGAUGGACGCCCAGCGCCGACGUUGCGAAUAUCGGCAGUUUUAGCGAACAGAGAAUAAAGGAACACGACUCGGACGAGUCCGGCCGCGCCGAUGGCCUCGCCUCGGACGACGACCAGCCUCUCGCUUCCAUAGCGAAUAACACCAAAAUAGAUCUUUACCAAAAAUUUUAUACCGCCCUUAUAAACUUUAGGAAUCAUUUCACGAAGGAACACGAUGGUCACAGCUGUUCGGACUUCUCAGAUUCUAGCACAUCUGAUAACGAGGAAGCGGCCACACAGGAAAGUUUAAAUAGCUUCGACGACUUGACGAACAGCAACAUGAGGAAAGACAAGAUGGACGAAGAGGCGCGACUCGAACUCAGUCAAGUGCAAACGAAAAUCAACGGAAAAGUUUAUUUUACGUGUGCGACGUGCGGGAAGAACCUCAGCUCGACGCACACUUACAUAUUCCAUAAACGCAUCCACACCGGGGAGCGGCCGUGCGUGUGUCACAUAUGCGGGAAGCAGUUCCGCGCGCCGAACGGACUCCAGAGACACCUGACGGAAACUCACGAGAAACAGCGCCGGUACAUCUGUGUCAUGUGUCCUAAAAACUUCGCCAACUCGCAAAACCUCAAACAACACAUGAGGAUCCACACGGGCGAGCGACCCUUCGUCUGCCCGCACUGCGGCAAGCGCUUCACGCAGAGCGGCUCGCUGCACGUCCACCUGAAGACUCACAGCGAGCACUACCCCUACCACUGCGCCGAGUGCGGCGCCAAGUUCCGCUUGCGCUCCGGCCUCGCCAGGCAUCGCCUCAAGCACACCGGGGAGCGCCCGCACGCCUGCGCGCUCUGCGGGAAGGCCUUUCGCCAGAAACACGAGCUCAACAGCCACGCGCUCACGCACAGCGACACCAAGCCCCACGCCUGCGCCGUCUGCGGCACGGCCUUCCGCCAGAGGCGGGCUCUGCGGCACCACUGCAAGCGGCUGCACGAAUCCGAGCCCGGGGACCCGGCGCCGGCGGUCUACGGCCACGGGGGGCACUACGAGUGACGCGCCAAAGGACCAAAAUAUGUUUCAUAUGUAGUCGACUAAAUAUAAAGUGUUUCCGUUAAACGUUCUCGUUAUUUCGACCGAUCUAGUCCCCGACCGCGACCGCAUCCUCAGAUCGGAUCUACGAGGACCACUCGUUUAAUUUGCUUUUCAGCGCGGUAGGCAACUCGGAACGGCAGGAAACCGCUGGGCCGGAGGAAGAUCGGGCGGACGCCGACGUAAAGAGGCCGAGGGCGAUAGUGUUCGCGGACGGCAAGCGCUACGGCGAGUGCACGCCGCACUUCACCGGCGCCGCCAACCUGGCGCGCCGCCUGCCCGCCGGGCUCGCAACACCUGCGCGACCACGUGGCGCACUCGGGCCGGCGCGACCACGUGUGCGCGUGCUCCCGCACUCUUGCGCAACUCGCUGCGCACGCGCGUCGCCCCGCCGCCGCCGUUCGCUGACCGCCCGCUCUG